AUGGCAUCUCUACAGCGUCUCGCUGUUCAGCGUAGCCCUGCCUACAAGCCCGCUGGGGUUAAGAGCUAUGUUUACGCGAUGACAAAGUAUGGCUUCCAUCCGACCAAGCCAGGCCCAUAUUUCCAAGCCAAGGUCAUAUCACAGCAAGGCAAGUUUGGACGAGUUGGCGGCCGCAUGCGAUCACACUACGUCUUAAGAAAGCGAGAGCAAACAUCCGCACCGGGCGGUGCGCAGAGCAAGGCCGCAGCCCCAAGCGAUGGAGGUGGAACUGAGGGCGAAGUGCCCGCUGAAGACAUCCAGAACGACUCCUUAUAUCUCUGCGAAGUCGGUGUAGGAACACCUGAACAGAAGUUGUACUUGGAUUUCGAUACAGGAUCUUCGGAUCUUUGGGUCUGGUCCACUGAGCUUCCCAAGAGCAUCCUCAGUUCUGCCAAUCCCUCGAACCAGCAGGUCGCUUUCGACCCUUCCAAGUCAAGCACAUUCAAGAAGCUCGAUGGCGAGACCUGGAAGAUCUCGUAUGGCGACUCUUCAUCAGCAAGCGGUGAUGUAGGCACCGAUGUUGUGGAUCUGGGUGGCCUCAAGGUUGAGAACCAGGCUGUAGAGCUCGCAAAGGAGCUUUCGCAGCAGUUCGCACAGGGAAAUGGUAGUGGACUGCUCGGAUUGGCGUUUAGCUCCAUCAACACUGUUUCUCCAACUCCGCAAAAGACGCCAGUCGACAACAUCAUCGCACAGAAGACGGCCAAGGAGCAGCUCUUCACGGCAUACCUUGGCAGCUGGCGUGAUGCGAACGAAGCUGAUAAGGGAGAGAGCUUCUACACCUUCGGCUUCAUAGACCAAGACGUCAUGACCGCCUCUGGAGCCUCCGAGCCCAACUACGCUGAUGUUGACAACAGCCAAGGCUUCUGGCAGAUCCAGUCUACAUCAGCCACCAUCAAUGGCGAGACUGUCAACCGAUCCGGUAACACUUCCAUCAUGGACACUGGUACAACGCUCUGCUUGGUUGACGACGCUCUUGUGGAUGCUGUCUACAAAGCUAUUCCUGGCGCUCAGUACGACCAGAACAACCAAGGCUAUGUCUUCCCUGCCUCUACAUCCGCGGACGAUUUGCCAGAGAUUAAGCUCGCCAUUGGAGACUCCAUGGUGACAUUCCAGAAAGAAGAUCUGGGCUUCGCCGAUGCCGGAAACGGCAACGUGUACGGAAGUAUUCAGAGCAGAGGAUCCAUGGACAUGGAUAUCUACGGUGAUGCCGUAUUGAAAGCCAUGUAUGCGAUCUUUGAUAUGAACAACGGUUCGCCGAGGUUCGGAUGGGUGCAGAGAAAGGAGGCAACACAAAACACGACUGCUCCCCCAUCGCAGUAG